AUGAAGGUCGAGUCCCAAGGCUUGGAGAUCGCUUCCAUCAAGUCGAGCUUGAAGACUGUGGCAGUGGUCAUAGCAUCAACGCCCGUCAAGCAGAGUGUGGGAACUAAUCAGAAGGUCGAACAUGAUGUGCGUGAGGUUAAAGAAGAAGAAGGCUAUGAGGAUUCGGAGCUCGUCAAAGAGUAUGAUGCCGAACCACUGAAAGAUUAA